AUGUCCAACCGUAGGCAGAAGUGUUCCAUCUUUUGGGAGUGGUUCAUCAAGCGUGAGCCGAGCCUGAGAUGGGCCGAUAGCCAUGGAGAAUCCACCGGUUGGAUUCACGCUGGAACCAUUCUGGCAUCUCAUCGAACGAGAGAAGAGCUGGGCGUCUGGCCUUGCCGGCUUUGGGAGCGGUUUUGGUGGUGGCCGGGAAUUCCAUUCUCCGUCCUGCGCGUGCCUCUGGCAGCUGCGGGAGCGGAACUCGAAGACGGGUAA